AUGUCAUCGCCGCCRCCGUCAGUGUUAUCUCCGCCGCCGAUGCCGUUAAACGCCGUCAGCCACAGUCUCUUUGGGGAAUUGCCAAAACACGUUCAGAUUUUGUGUGUGGUUGCUAUGUUCCUCCUCGUUAUACUCUACGUCUUCAUUCUCAGGCUCAUUCUCGACAGAAGCUGCGGAUCCAACGGCGGAGAAUUGCCGGAGGCGUUACCGCAGAAGAGGUUGCAGAUUGAAGCUCCGAUUUUCGCUUACGGCGGAUCGGGCGACGACGACGAAGAAUGUGCAAUUUGCCUUAGCAAAUUUGAACAAGGAGAGAAGUGCCGCAAAAUGAGUAAGUGCGACCACGUGUUUCACCGGGACUGUAUUGACCGGUGGCUGAAGGCGGAGCGCCACUGCCCGCUUUGCCGGACCAGUAUUUGCAUCGUCGUUCACGGUGGAGACAACAUCGUCCCUCCAGCCGUCCCAAAUGCUUGA